AUGGCUUCCACUAACGCUUCAAAUGGCACCUCAGGGCACUCAGCGGCCAAUGAAAACACCACCUUCGAAAAUCAUAGCGCAGAGCACCAAUCGGCAGACGACACUAGCGCUAAUGAGCAAACUGCCGGCGCUACUGAUACUCAUACUGAUUCACCUAACCCAGGAACCACUGAGCCGGUAACUAGUACCGCCUCUACCACCACACACGCCUCUAAUCAAGAUUCUGACCAGACCGACACGAGUUCCUCUACAUCUAGCUCAUCUAGCUCAUCUAGCACCACAGUAGGCGGCCAAAAUUCUACGCAGCAAUCCUCAGCUAAUACCAACGCGACUACAUCUGCUCCCCCCAUUCCGGCGACCACCCCACUUUCACCCGCACAGUCUACACCGUCCACUUCCACCACAUCUACAGACUCUUCACAAGCAGAAAAUUUCAGCGUGCAUGUGGGCACAUCCACCACUGUAACCAUUUCCGGCCUUGGUAUCACACGAAUCAUGAGCGCUCCCACCUCGAACGCGAAUCCCACAGGACGAUUUGGUGUCCGAUUCGCUGACUGGACAGACGUGCAAAACACUGACGGUUCAACAUUUCGCCAGCCUACAAAUUCUUCGCCUGCACCUUUCACAUUUACUGCAGGCAACUCACAACAACAGAAAUCGCAUCCUGCUCCUGUUCCUGCAGCUGCAGCACCACCUCCUUCCGGCCCUCCUCCCAAUCCGCCCACAACUCCGGCGGCAGCUGCGCCUGAGCCUGAACCUGAACCUCCCCGAGCUUGUAGUUGUUGUGUCGAAGGUGCGACUGACUCAGAUUCUUCCGCGGAACAUACACCCGAGACCCCAGACGCAUCUGCAGCUCCUCCCCAAAACCAACAACAGACACAACACCCUCGAGUCGUAUCGCACAUCGCUCCACCUAUUGGAGCCCGCGCCGCCGCCGCUAUGGGUAAUCAACGUCCUCAACCUUUAUACUUCCUGAGCUCCGCUCCCGCUCCCGCCCAAGCGCCUGCCCAGCCUUACCUCUGGGUGAACCCUCCUCUAGUGUCGCCGUCGAUCCCCCCCCCUCCUCAGGGCAACACCGGAUCAUGGUGCUACCCUAGCCAAUCGCCCUUCUGGGCCGGCGCAUCAGCCGCCCAAACCAACCCGCCCCCGCAGUUCUACGUCGCGGAGCAGGCCUACGUUGCCCAGCCCGCGUACGUCGCCACGGUCCAGCAGAUGCCCCAGGUGCAGUACUAUGUCAACGGAACCACGGGUCCGUUCGUUUACUACACGAAGUAAAGCUCGCCGAUGUGGUUCUCCGAGGUGGAUACGGAGAGAAAAAGGCUGGAACCACGGCCGUGGUUAUGGGAGGUUAGGAGUUGACUUUGAUUUAUAUGCAUGGAUGGUGGGCGUUAACGGAGGCCAAAAAAGGACAUGAGGAGCAUGCCCUAUAUUUUCCGCGGCAUUUCACACACUACGAACCUCUCAAGGUUCCGUGGGGCUAGAGCUGCCAUGUCUACCUAGGCAAUUUAUUAUAAAACGG